AUGUCUGACUCCGCACAAUCUGUAAAGGUUCUUAACGAACUUUUCGAGAAGCUAACGGUGGCUACUCCCGAGAACAGAGAGGCCACUGCGGGCGAAAUCUCAUCGUUUUUGAACGGUUCUAUCAUUGAGCAUGACAUUCCAGAACAGUUUUUUCAAGAACUUGAGAAGGCUUUGAAGAGCAAAAAGAGCGCUGCUAACGCUUUGGAAGCCGUCAUUUCCAUCGCCAGCGAGUCUAACUUGUCUCCUUCCGUCGAGCCACUUGUCGUGGCUCUUGUUCCUGAAGUCGCUGUCAAGUCCGGUGACAAGGACAAAGACACCCAAGCUUUGGCCGCUAAGGCUUUGGUUGCCAUCUCCAAGGCUAUCAACCCUGUCGCUGUUAAGGCUUACUUACCUCACUUGACCCAGUCUUUGAGCAACACCAACAAAUGGCAAGAAAAGGUUGCUGUCUUGGCUUCCAUCAGUGCUUUGGUCGAUGCUGCUAAGGAGCAGGUUUCUUUGAGAAUGCCUGAGUUGAUCCCAGUUUUGUCCGAGGCCAUGUGGGACACCAAGAAGGACGUUAAGGAGGCCGCCACUGCCACUAUCACCAAGGCUACCGAGACCGUUGAAAACAAGGAUAUUGAACGUUUCAUUCCAGAACUGAUUGGAUGUAUUGGUAACCCUAACUUGGUUCCAGAAACCGUUCACUUGUUGGGUGCCACUACUUUUGUUGCUGAAGUGACUCCUGCUACUUUGUCCAUCAUGGUUCCAUUGUUGGCCAGAGGUUUGGCCGAAAGAGAAACUUCCAUCAAGCGUAAGGCCGCCGUCAUUAUCGACAACAUGUGUAAAUUGGUCGAAGACCCACAAGUUGUCGCUCCAUUCUUGAGCAAAUUGUUGCCAGGUUUGAAGAACAACUUCGCCACCAUUGCCGACCCAGAAGCUCGUGAAGUUACUUUGAGAGGUUUGAAGACCUUGAGAAGAGUUGGUAACGUUGGUGAAAAUGACGCUUUGCCAGAGAUUUCUCACGCUGGUGACAUUGCCACCACCAGAUCUGUUUUCGACGAAUUGCUAAAGGGCGAGACCGUCGAAAAGAGAUUCGCUGUUGUUCAAGAGUACAUCGCUGCCAUUGCUGCUGAUUUGAUCGACGAGAGAAUCAUCGACCAACAGGCUUGGUUCACUCACGUGGUUCCUUACGCCACCAUUUUCCUACAUGAAAGAAAGGCCAAGGACGUUGUUGACGAAUUCAGAAAGAGAGCCGUUGACAACAUUCCAGUCGGUCCAAACUUCGACGACGAGGAAGACGAAGGUGAAGACCUAUGUAACUGUGAGUUCUCUUUGGCCUACGGUGCUAAGAUCUUGUUGAACAAGACUCAAUUGAGACUAAAGAGAAGCAGAAGAUACGGUUUGUGUGGUCCAAACGGUGCUGGUAAAUCCACUUUGAUGAGAGCCAUUGCUAACGGUCAAGUUGAUGGUUUCCCAACUCAAGAGGAAUGUAGAACCGUUUACGUUGAACACGACAUCGACGGUACUCACGCCGAGACUUCUGUCUUGGACUUCGUUUUCCAAGGUGACGUUGGUACCAAGGAAGUUAUCACCGACAAAUUGAGAGAAUUCGGUUUCUCUGAUGAAAUGAUUGCUAUGCCUAUCGCUUCUUUGUCUGGUGGUUGGAAGAUGAAAUUGGCUUUGGCCAGAGCUGUGUUGAAGAACGCCGACAUCUUGUUGUUGGACGAACCAACUAACCAUUUGGACACUGUCAACGUCGCUUGGUUGGUUAACUACUUGAACACUUGUGGUAUCACUUCCAUCAUUGUUUCUCACGACUCCGGUUUCUUGGACAAUGUGUGUCAAUACAUUAUUCACUACGAAGGUUUGAAACUAAGAAAGUACAGAGGAAACUUGUCUGAGUUUGUCAAGAAGUGCCCAACUGCCCAAGCUUACUACGAAUUGGGAGCCUCCGACUUGGAAUUCAGAUUCCCAGAACCUGGUUACCUAGAAGGUGUCAAGACCAAGCAAAAGGCCAUUGUCAAGGUCUCUAACAUGACUUUCCAAUACCCAGGUACCGCCAAGCCUCAAAUUGCCGACAUCACUUUCCAAUGUUCGUUGUCUUCCAGAAUUGCCGUCAUUGGUCCUAACGGUGCUGGUAAGUCCACCUUGAUCAACGUUUUGACUGGUGAACUUUUGCCAACCACUGGUGAAGUCUACACUCACGAGAACUGUCGUAUUGCUUACAUUAAGCAACACGCUUUCGCACACAUCGAAUCCCACUUGGACAAGACUCCAUCUGAGUACAUCCAAUGGAGAUUCCAAACCGGUGAAGACAGAGAAACCAUGGACAGAGCCAACAGAGUCAUUAACGAAAACGAUGCUGAAGCCAUGAACAAAAUCUACAAAAUCGAAGGUACCCCAAGAAGAAUUGCCGGUAUCCACGCUAGAAGAAAGUUCAAGAACACUUAUGAGUACGAAUGUUCUUUCUUGUUGGGUGAGAACAUCGGUAUGAAAUCCGAGAGAUGGGUUCCAAUGAUGUCUGUUGACAACGCUUGGUUGCCAAGAGGUGAGGUCAUUGAGUCUCACGCCAAAUUGGUUGCUGAGGUCGACAUGAAGGAGGCUUUAGCUUCCGGUCAAUUCCGUCCAUUGACCAGAAAGGAAAUCGAAGAGCACUGUGCUAUGUUGGGUCUAGAUGCCGAACUAGUUUCUCACUCCAGAAUCAGAGGUUUGUCUGGUGGUCAAAAGGUCAAGUUGGUCUUGGCUGCUUGUUCUUGGCAAAGACCUCACUUGAUCGUCUUGGAUGAGCCUACCAACUAUUUGGACAGAGAUUCUUUGGGUGCUUUGUCUAAGGCUUUGAAGGCUUUCGAAGGUGGUGUCAUUAUCAUUACUCACUCUGCUGAAUUCACUAAAGACUUGACUGAAGAAGUCUGGGCGGUCAAGGACGGUCUAAUGACUCCAUCUGGUCACAACUGGGUCGCUGGUCAAGGUAGUGGUCCUAGAAUUGAAAAGAAGGAAGAUGAAGAGGACAAAUUCGAUGCCAUGGGUAACAAGAUCAGCGGUGGUAAGAAGAAGAAGAAGUUGUCUUCUGCUGAAUUGAGAAAGAAGAAGAAGGAAAGAAUGAAGAAGAAGAAGGAGUUGGGUGACGCUUACGAGUCUUCUGACGAUGAAUUUUAA